CACAAGAUGGCGGCGCGCUGAGAGCGUAGCAUCUGCGUUUCUAGGCGCUUGGCUGUGUGAGUGGGUUAGGAGCCUGGGCUUGUGCAGGCCCCAGCCAUAUACGCCGUCGGGCUACUACAUUGGCCUUCGAGAUGGCUCUAAGCAAAUCAAUGCAUGCAAGAAAUAGAUACAAGGACAAGCCACCUGACUUCGCAUAUCUGGCAUCUAAAUAUCCAGAUUUUAAGCAGCAUAUUCAGAUAAAUCUGAAUGGGAGAGUAAGUCUUAAUUUCAAAGACCCUGAAGCAGUCAGAGCUCUGACUUGUACUCUCCUAAGAGAAGACUUUGGACUUUCUAUUGAUAUUCCUUUAGAGAGACUAAUUCCCACAGUUCCCUUGAGACUCAACUAUAUUCACUGGGUAGAAGAUCUGAUUGGGCACCAGGAUUCUGAUAAAAGUACUCUUCGAAGAGGAAUCGACAUAGGUACUGGGGCAUCCUGCAUCUAUCCCUUACUUGGAGCAACCUUAAAUGGCUGGUAUUUCCUGGCAACAGAAGUGGAUGAUAUGUGCUUCAAUUACGCAAAGAAAAAUGUGGAACAGAAUAACCUAUCUGAUCUUAUUAAAGUGGUGAAAGUGCCACAGAAGACACUCCUAAUGGACGCUCUUAAAGAAGAGUCUGAGAUAGCCUAUGACUUCUGCAUGUGCAACCCUCCCUUUUUUGCUAACCAGUUGGAAGCCCAGGGUGUGAACUCUCGGAACUCUCGACGACCUCCACCUAGUUCCGUAAAUACUGGGGGCAUCACAGAAAUCAUGGCUGAAGGAGGUGAACUAGAAUUUGUUAAGAGGAUAAUCCAUGACAGUUUACAACUUAAAAAAAGAUUAAGGUGGUAUAGCUGUAUGCUGGGAAAGAAGUGCAGCCUGGCUCCACUGAAGGAAGAGCUCAGAAUCCAGGGGGUUCCUAAAGUCACUUUCACGGAGUUCUGUCAAGGCAGGACAAUGCGAUGGGCCUUAGCUUGGAGUUUUUAUGACGAUGUCACUGUACCGUCACCACCAAGUAAACGAAGACGAUUGGAAAAGCCGAGGAAACCCAUUACGUUUGUAGUGCUCGAGUCUGUGAUGGAAGAAUUAUCCCUCAAAGCCUUGUCACUGGGCUCCGAGACAGUGGAAGGCAUAACAGUUGUGACAACAUGGAUAGAAAAAAUUCUCACUGAUCUGAAGGUCCACCAUAAACGAAUUCCUUGUGGGAAAGAAGAAGUUAGCCUUUUCCUGACAGCUGUGGAGAACUCUUGGAUUCACCUAAGGCGGAAGAGAAGAGAGCGCGUGAGACAGCUCCGGGAGGUGCCCCGAGCUCCCGAGGGUGCUCUCCUCGCCUUGGAGGGGAGAAGGGCCGCACCCAAGGAGCUGAGUGGUAGCCAGGACAUGGUCCCAAGCGCCCAGGAGAGUGCCUUGUGUGGCCUUGCUGUGCUGGAAGGCGAGUCUGCUGCUGUUGGUGGUCAUUGCCUCAGCCAGGAGUCACUUUGCCAGGAGGAAACUCCAGAAGCCAUGGAGGAUGAAAGGAGUGAGGAGAGGGGAGAGAUGGGGGUCAUGGGGACUUGUAAAGGCUCUAGCAAUGGAGCCCAGCAUGGAGAGGCUUCUGAGAAAGGAGACGGCCUGGACGAAGCAGCCGGACGGUACCUGUUUAAGUGCCUAAUCAACAUUAAGAAGGAAGUGGAUGGCGCCUUGGUUGAAAUGCAUUGGGUUGAGGGCCAGAACAGGGAUUUGAUGAACCAGCUUUGUACCUACAUACGUAACCAAAUUUUGAGGCUUGUUGCUAGUUAAUUCUUGAUUCUACAGUUAGAAAAGUGUCUGUAUAGGGCUAGGGAUAUGGUGCAAUGACCAUAUGUGCUUAAUAUUCAGAAGGCAGCCUGAGUUGUUGAGUCCCUAACAUCUAACAUCAAUACAAAAAAACAAUCUAUAAAAUAGCUUUGGAGGUAAAGCUCAUUGGGAAGCCAGAGGAAUUUCAGCACUGGUCCAUUAGUGACACCAUGUGGAAUCAUGUUAUAAAGCAGAAAUGCAGUUGAAUGUGGUCUCUUACACUUAUAAUCCCAGUACUUGAAGGCUGAGGUAGGAUGAUUGCUGUGAGUUUAUGGUCAGCCUAUGCUACAGAGAAAGACACUUGUCUAAAUAAAAAGAAGAAAAAAGAAAGCAGAAAUGAAUCCAUUUUUAAUCCUUCCCCUUUUAAAGAUAUUUGGAGUUGUAUGUAUAGUAUAGUGGCUCAGGAGGAAUUAUGACGGAUGCAACAGCAGAUAAACUUAGGAGGAACUGGAUCCUACUCCCAGUAGUUCAUCUCAGCCUGGCACUGGUUCCGUGCGGCCAGAGGCACUGCUUGUGACAUCUGAACUGGGUCAGUGCUGCCUAGAACAUGUCCUUCACUAGGAGUUGUUUGGUGAGGAGGUUACCAGUGUUCUCCAAUGGAGGCAGUACAGCAGAGCAGAGGUCUGGGAAUGCUCAUCGUUGCCUUCAAGACACCUGCUAUCUCAGGUACCUAGAGUUGAUUGAGCCAGCCCUCAGAAAUGACUAGCCAGGGGUAGGUGGCCAGGCUGUCACAGAGAGACAUCUUGACUAAGGAGAGGGCUCGUCUGGGAACACAGGGACGUAGUCCAUUCCUCAGUCGCUGCUGUUCUGACAUGGCCUGUGUCAGAAGCAGAAUUGAGGAAGCAAGGUGUGGCUGAGGCACAUCAACAUGUGCUCCCUCCCUCCUCCAGCCCCCUGACAGUAUUGUUCUGUAGCAGUUGUGCUGCUUUGUUAACACGUGAAAUGGAAUAUGUUUGGUUUUUAAUAGAAGACUUCAGAAUUGGAAACUUCAUCCUCUUUGAAUCCUGGAAUUGGGGGAAAUAUUUUCUGGUACUUGAGUUAGGUAAACGGUUGAUAUGACAAAUGAGCAAGUAAGGUCCUGUGUGUUCUAGGUAGGGUGUAUCUUUGUGGUAGAGCAUUUACCUAGAUGUAUGAAGGCCCUGGUUUGUUUU